CGGGGGGGCCCGGCCCCGUUCAGGGUCCCUCGCCGCCCUUUCUCCAAACGCCGGGCUGCUCGCCGCCCGCACCGGCCUCCAGACUCGCUGUGCAAAGGCGUUAACUUCCUCCCGUGACUUAACCCGAGCGAAAACUCUGGCAAAGCAGCGCCCAGCCGGCGGGGAUAACCGGGCCCCUGCCCCCGCGGGCACCAGGCGGGUCUCCGCUGACUCGCGGGCGCUGCUGGUUAUCGGCGAUGUUCCGUGGCCUUGUGUUACCGUCCCUGCGACGUAAGGCUGUCCGGGGUCAGCGUGUACCUGAUGCUCUUUGGGCUCAUCUGGUCUAGGAAACUGGGACUUAGGCAGGGGCCACAGCCUUGCAAUGGGAAGUUACCACAGGGUCUUGCUGUGUUGCAGAAGACUAUGUUUGACGUUGCUGUCUAGCUCUCCUGAGGAGGAGUGGGAGGAGCUAGCGGAAUGGCAGAAGGAUGUGAUGAGGGACAGCUACAAGACUUCGAUCUCACUGGGCGUGCUGUCACCAAACCAGACGUUGUAUUCCUGAUUGAACGUGGCGAAGAGCCACGUGUGCAGGCUCACCAGGAGUCAAGGGAAAGUGACCUUUCUACAGGGGUCUCCUCUGAUGAUGGAAUCAAGUGGAAGAUUGAAGAGAAUCAUCAGCAGGGAAAUUCUGAGGGUUUGGCAGAGCACAGGAAUUUAUCACAAAGAGAGAAAGCAAACAGCUGUGAUGAGGGAAAUACGUGUGAGAGUGAACGCGGGCCAGCCGGCCAACACAGGAACAUAGGGGAUGAGAGUGUGGAGAAAUCCACUCCAAGUGAAAGACCUUUCAGUAAACACCAAAGCAUUCCUAUCCACACAGGAGAGAGACCCCAUAAAUGUACUGAGUGUGACAAAAGCUUCACUCGCCGCUCACAUCUUCUUCAGCACCAGAGAAUCCACACGGGGGAGAGACCCUAUAAAUGUACCGAGUGUGAGAAAAGCUUCAGACAGAGAUCAGAGCUGAUUGAUCAUCAGCGAACGCAUACUCAAGAGAAACCUUACAAAUGUGAUAAGUGUGGGAAAAGAUUCAUUCGGAGCACACGGCUUAUUCAGCAUCAAAAUGUUCACAAUGGAGUGAAACCCCACAAGUGCCCCCAGUGUGAGAAAAGUUUUAGCUGGAUCUCAUCAGUUAUUAAACACCAGAGAGUCCAUACAGGUGAGAGACCCUAUAAAUGCCCCGACUGUGAGAAAACCUUCAACUGGAGCUCAACCCUUGUAAAGCAUCGGAGACUCCACACAGGAGAGAGACCCUAUAAAUGCGCUACCUGCGCAAAGUGCUUUGUACAGAGUGCAAAUCUUAUUAAACAUCAGAGAGUCCACACACAACAGAAACCCUAUACGUGUGGGGAAUGUGAAAAAACCUUUCCGAUCAGGUCUCAUUUCAUUCUGCAUCAGAGAAUGCAUACGGGAGAGGAACUCUACAAGUGUGAUGGCUGUGAGGAGUGGUUUGGUCUUGUCUCGGAUCUUCAUAAACAUCAGAAGAUUCACACAGGAAAGAAGCCCUAUAAAUGCUCCGAAUGCAACAAAAGCUUCAACAAGAGUUCAAAUCUUAUUAAGCAUCAGAGAAUCCACACUGGAGAGAGACCCUAUAAGUGUCCCGACUGUGACAAAAGCUUCAUUCAGAGCUCACACCUGAUGCUCCAUCAGAGAGCUCAUAGGGGAGAAAAACCCUACAAAUGUCCUGACUGUGAGAAAAGUUUCCACCAGAGCUCCCAUCUCAUUCAGCACCAGAGAGUUCACACACAAGAAAAGCCCUUUAAAUGUCCUGAGUGCGAGAAAAGAUUCAGCCGAAGCUCAGUGCUAAAUAAACACAAACGAAUCCACGUGGGAGACCAGAACUAUAAAUGCAGCAAGUGUGAGGAAACCUUCACUAGCAGCUCCCACCUUCUUCAGCACAAGAGAACCCACCAUGUGGAAAGACCUUACACAUGCCCUAGCUGUGAGAAGAGUUUCAGUCGCAGCUCGCAGCUUAUGCUCCAUCAGAAAAACCACGCAGCAGAAAAACCGUACAAGUGUGCUGACUGUGACAAAGGCUUCAUUUACAGCUCACAUCUAAUUCAGCAUCAGAGAACUCACACUAGAGAGCGACCUUAUAAAUGUCCAGUGUGUGAGAAAAGCUUCAUUCAGAGCUCGCAUCUCCUUCAGCAUCAGAAAAUCCACACGGGAGAGAGACCUUUUAGAUGCAGUGAUUGUGAGAAAACCUUCAAUCGGAGCUCCAACCUUAUUAAACACCAGAGAACUCACAUCAGGGAGAACCUGUAAGAGAUGCUUCCAUAGAACUCCACACUGUUGACUAUAAAAGUAUUCACACCGAAGGAAAAUCCUAUAAAUAUUCCAACGGUGAGAGAAGCUUCAGUCAGAACUGGUCACGUUGUUCAGCUUCACUGUAUCAAACUGAAUUAAGAUCUCUAGGAAACUUGCCUUGCCCUUCUUAUACUGGCAAGAGUUUUGAUGGUAUAAAUUAUACCAGUUUCCCCAACAAUAUACUAUCCCCAUUUGCCGAUAUAACUAUGCCUACACUACAGAUUUUGCUAGCACAAUUAUGUCUAUUAAGGAUGUGUGAUUUGUGAGUGAACAAUGUGCUGGUAAAAGCCCCUAGCGUAUGGCACAGUUACAUUGCCAAAAUUUGCACUUUUACCAGUUUGUGGGGGACGAGGAGGGACACUGUAAUAAACUAUACUAGCAAAAUAGUUAGAUGGGGAUUGGUCCUGCUUUGAGCAGAGGGUUGGACUAGAUGACCUCCUGAAGUCCCUUCCAACCCUGAUAUUCUGUGAUUCUUUGACCAUGCUAUUUUGCCAGUAUCACCUGAGUCCAUGUUAGCAGCAGUCUGCGGGUAUUUUAUAUCGGUAUAAUACAUUGGUGUAACUGUAUUGGCCAAGUCUUACAAGUGUAGGACUCCAACACAGUAAGUAACAAAGCGUUGAUUGCCUGAAGUGAAUAGUUAAGCUCCUCUAAAAAAUGGGAAAGAGACUGCAAUUUGAUGCCUGUCUAUGUGCAGAGAAAGAAUAGACUCUUCUCUCUUCUCUUCUCCCACCCCUGGGUCACAAGAAUUGAUCAGAGGUGAUUAUUUAGCUUAUGCUUUUCAGGUCAUGUAUUCAAUCAUCUGUCACUGGGACUGUUCCACCUGGAAGAGGGAGUAAUUUACAUGAUCAUUAAAUAUUCAGAUGGUGUAAAACUGCAGCGAGCUGCAGAUGCCAUGGAGGAAAGAGAAAUAAGUCAAAGGGACCUGGGGAGAUCAGGCCCGCGUAGGAGUAGAAAUCAACAGAGUAGGUAGGAAAAGGAAAACUGCUGCAUGUGGGCAAAAGUGAUCUGAAAUACAAACAGUCCCUGGCAGAGAACGCUAGUGAGUGGUGCUGAAGGUAAAAGGCAGCAGUGCAGAGAUGUUUGCUUUCGGGUGUGUCAUUGUACAGUCAUCUUGCCUGAGUCUAGCUCAGAAUAUCACUGAUAAAUUAGAGGUUGUGACUGAGAGCCCAACACUGUUGGGGUCUGUUCCCAGCUGUCCCAUAGACUCCUGCUUUGUGCCUCUGUAGAAGAGAAAAACAAAUGUAAUUUUGGGUUGUAACUGCAGAGGCAUGAGAUUCCAGAACAGCUGUGGAAGAGUCUCCCAUGAGAUUCAUGUUGCUUGGGACUUUUAACACUAGACUGGGUACAUCCCUGGAAAAUAUUCUGUGUUGGUUCCAUCUGUUUUUGCGGGAGGGGGGGUAAUUUCUGAUCUGACAGCACACCAGCAGGCUGUUGUAUUUUUUUGUUCUUUAGGAUUAAAAAAAAUUAGAUCUUUGGAAUUAAAAUGGUAUUUUAUCAAA